CUCUCUCUGUCUCUAUACAAUCAAACUACCAGCUACCGGUCCGUCGAUACUGACCUGUACUAGCUGUCCAUGUCACCGGGAACAAUUGAAUACUUCUGAAACAAGUGAACGAGGGUUGCCAGCAGCCCCCGAACCGAUUUUCCAUCCCCUUACACACGUAGUCAAACCAACAAAAAAACAGGCACCGAAAACACUCGCACCACACUCCUAACGAGCUGCUUUACUCUGCAGCAAAGUACGGGUGAAGCAGGAUAACAGUAACGCUACGGUGCGUGCCACAGAAGGAAGAAACGAAACACCCAACAAGGGUUAAGAGAAAAACCCCCGGGAAAAACAAACGCCACCGAUAGGACGCAGUUCGGAGCAGAGGGCUCGAUCGGAAAGGAGGAAAAAAAAGGGAAGAAACGAGGACGAACGCUACCGGACGAGCGGGAAAGCCGGGGAAAGCGUGAGCGAGACCGAAAUUAUGGUCCCUAUUCGGUUCGGUUAGGGGUUGUGUUCGUUAUAAAACUUUUCAACCCUGCCGGUCGGGUGCGUAUUUGGUGUUCGUUACCGGUAGAGUACGGUAGAGCGGGAGCGUGUUUUAUUUUUCCAUGCUUUCUAGGCGCGAAUGGACUACGCGUGAGACACUAUUAAGUUAAGAAGAAAUUAUCCCAUUCCAUGUGUUCGUGUGUGUCGCUACAAAUAAGAAUUAUAACGAUACUAGCUAGUAUGUGCCUGAAUGUGAAAGUGUAGUCGCAUGAGUGUGCUUUUGUCCAAAAAAGUGUUACCACGGCCUGUUGCCUCUGUUCGAGUGUGCUGUCCCAGAGACUCCAAGGGACUCCAGUGCCUCCCGGUGAAGUAUGUCCUCGUACUGUGGAUUCGAUGAUCGUUCGUUCGAAGACUUCGACGACUACACGUCGGAGGACAGUGGGUUUGAAAAGAGCUAUGAGUCGUGCGCUGGCGAUCUUACGUUUGCCGGCUGUCUGCAACAACAGGGUCCGAGGAAGUUAAGUUUCGAUCAUGGAAAACUCGCGCCUCAACUAGUCCCGGGCCCUGCUCCGAUGGAUAUGAUGCUUGCCGAUACCGAGACUUUACCUCCGGCAAAGAAACGCGGUCGGCAAUCAUUGAAGGAUAAAACGGCAUCGCUGGGGAAGAAAGAACUUGCGGGUUCCUUCUGUCCAAGUCUUGGUGUUCAAACAUCCACCCCGAUUAAACCAACGCCUGCCGGCGAUGGUACGGAGCACAAACCGAAACGGAAGUACGCGAUGGGCAAGAGUCGGAUCACGCGCAAUCGGAGUCCUACUCAGGUGAUGCGCAUCAAGCGUGUCCGGCGGCUGAAGGCGAACGAUCGCGAACGGAACCGGAUGCAUACACUUAACGAGGCACUCGAACGAUUACGCUUAACGUUACCGACCUUUCCUGAGGAUACUAAGCUGACCAAGAUCGAGACACUGCGGUUUGCGUACAAUUACAUCUUCUCGUUGGUGCAGCUACUCGAUUUGGAUGGUUCGAUACAGCUGGAUUUGGAGAAGCUACAGAGUCUCACGUUAAGUGGCGAACGUAUCAAUAAGGAACUGUUCGAUGCGAUGUUCAUCAACCCACCACCUGCGGGUCAUCAGUGGGGUAUGGGAGGACCAUUUACGGCCGGUGAUUUCUACAACAGUAUGCAGCAGUACGGUGCCGUUGUGAAUGGGCCCAAUACGGGAGAGGUUGAUUUCGCUCAAGCUGCUGGACAAUCAGGACAAUUUUCCAAACAAAACUAUACCCUAUUUCGUGGUGCCUUCGAUGCGGCCUAUAAUGCACGGUCGCCAACAGCUAACCAACAGUCGACAUAUCCAACUGAAUAUCCGCACCAGCAUCAGCAAACUGCAUCGCCGAUGGUGAUGUCCCAACAGAGACCUCAUCAUCCGCCUCAUCCGCAUCUGAAUGGAACACGGCAAGUAGCAGCAGGACCUCCAAACAUACAGCCCGGACAAGAUCCGGCUUACAAUCGUAACGGUUACUACCCUCAGAUGACACCGCAUGGAGUGUCCGAGUUUAGAACUACAUCAAACUGUCCGGAGAUGGUUAGUCAGCAGCAACGUCACUCACCCCAAGGAAAUACUGGUCAGACGAUGCACUACAACAGCAGUUUCUAUAACCAAACUCCACCAUGGCGUGAAGGCAACGGAGAUCCCGGUUACACCGGGUUAGAUUCGGGCAUAUUCGAUGAGUUUGGUGGUGCCACCGUAGCAUGAGGCUGAAGCCCUCCUCUACUACUGUCCAGUGCUUAGUGAAGGUUUACACACGAAAAGUGAUACACGAAGAACGUUUUAAAAGCAAUUCUAGAGGUACAAUAACAGUAGGUUAGACAGACGGAAAUCACGUUGUUCAUGGUGAUAGACUUGCGAUUGUUUUACUAGGAGUAGGAGGAUACAGCAGGACCACUUCUUGCUAGUACAAAGCAAUAGUGAUUCUAUCCAAAUAGUUAUCAGAUAAUGCAUGUUUAACUGUUUCAAUCGUUUUCCUCCAUUACAACCGUACUGAAAAGAAUUUGGAUGAAGAAAGUCUUUCAAUCUUUGAUUGUUUAUUCUAUUGUUCUUUUGUUUUAAUUUCUUUAAUGUUCCCUGCUUAUUGUGUUUUCCAUUU